AUGUCGCAAGAACUGGAGCCUGCGUCGCCGGCGGCGACGCCCGGUGAGGUUCUUCAUCUGCCGGCAAAAAGGGUGAAGAAAGAUCCGCUUUGUCCGGAAACCUCGCCGGUGGUUCCGGCCAUGGCUACCGAAGAAGACUGGUCCAAUUGGUCCACCCUCCCGCCCGACCUCGUCCGCCUCGUCGCCGACUCCCUCCUGGCCACCAACGACCUCGACUGCUACAUGUGCUUCCGUGCCGUCUGCCCCGGCUGGCGCGCCGCCACCCAUGACCCCAGGAGCGACGCCUGCGGCCCCCGUUUCCGCCUGCGCCGGUGGAUCGUCUUCGACAAGGUCUUCCAGAGCCCAGGAAAGCUGCUGCUGUUGAACACAGACACUGGCCGCUUUCUCCACAGAAAACUACCGCUGUGCAGCGGCGAUCACUACGUCGUGGCCACCACUCUCGGCGGGUACUUCCUUCUGGCGGGAAAAAGCGCUCCUCACGCUCGCGUCCUCAACCCUCUUACCGGUGUCGUGAUCCCUUUCCCGGCGCCCGUGCCCCCUGUUGUGGGAAGCGCUGACUUCUGGAUCGAUUCUUCGCUCACCGAGUUCUGCGACUCGUCUGCGGCUGAUCCUCACAGUGAAAGGCUUAUACUGCAAUUAGCUAACGAUUUCUUCCGGAAGGCGGCCGUAGGUGGUGUCAUGGGUCACUUGCGAUCAUCCGUAGUUCCUGAGAUGCUUACAUGCUUACGCAAGUUUAUGCCCGCUGAUCCUGGAUAUCCUAUUGCCAAGGUUUUCUCCGGCGAUCUUCCUGGAGAUGCGUACGGAAGCCGGUGUUUCCUAGUGGAUUUGGAUGGGCAUAUAUGUAUCGUGUUGAAGCUCUUGAAUCCACAGGAAGCCCCUUCUCUCUUUGCUCUCCAAUUUGACACCGAGACAGGUAAGCUCUUGCAUUUGAAGACUACAGGCAAAUUUGCCAUCUUGAUCGGCGACCACAGGUGCUUCACUGUCAAUGCUGAUAAGUUGCCAGGCAUUGAGGCAGACUGUGUCUAUUUCACUGAACUUCUGGGUUCGUCUGCUUGGAUCUGCAAGUGCAACAUCAAGGACACCAAAGUAGAGAGGAUCUCUGAAGCUGCAGAUUUCGUGAAGCAGGACAAGAAGUUUGUCCUGGUCGCUGACCGUCCUCACACCAUCAUCCACCUUCUCGCCAGCUACACCAUCAACAUCCCUGAUUCUCAUCUGGCAUUCCAACAGAUUUCCUAA